UCGCACCCAAAAGUGACAAUCUCCAUCCCGAAAGAGCCUGGGCGCCAACGCGGGCUGCCUGCUUUUGUUCCUGUUUCCAGUUUCUUUAGCCUUUUUGUUUCUCAGCCUUCUCCCCCCUCUACUCUCUUUUCCUUUUCCUUUUCUUUCGUCUCGUUAAUACUGCACCUUCCUUCGUUCAUAGGUGUACUUCUUCUUUCGUCUCUUCAUCUCCUUUUUCUUUGCCUAAGCGGCUUCCUUUGCCAUGAGAUCUCUCACCCUCUGGCUUGUCGCCGCCGGCGCCGCCCUCGUCAAUGGUUUGGGUGCCACGGACACCAUUACGUGGGGUGGUGAUAAUUCUAGAACCGGAUAUCAGACCAACCACAACAUGGACCCCGCCGUCGUCGCCAGCAGCCAAUUCGAUCAACUCUGGAAAUCACCACUGCCUGGCACAUAUGCUGGCGCACCCGAACAAAUCUUCUCUCAACCGCUCGUCUAUACACCCAGCAAUGGAACGAAACAAUACGUCUACUGGGCCACCACACAGAACAAUGUCUACAAGAUGGACGCCAAGACGGGCGAGAUUGUCGCCUCCCGAAACCUACACAUCCCAUUCUUGACUGCUGAUCUCAACGGCUGUGUCGACAUUAACCCGACAGUUGGUAUCACCGCGACCGGUGUCAUCGACCCCGAUACAGACACUCUUUACCUUACAGCCAAGACCUACGCAAACCAGAACGGUGGCCAAACAGCACAGGGCCUCAACGCUGGUCGCUACUUUGUUCACGCUAUCAAUGUCAACGAUCUUUCCGAACGACCCAAUUUCCCUAUUGCUCUCGAUGGCAUCACUGCCCGCAAUAACGAACCACGCGUCUUCUCAGGCGGUAUCCACCACCAGCGACCCGGACUUCUCCACGCUGGCAACUACAUCUACGCUGGCUUCGCUUCUCACUGUGUACAAUACAACUUCACUGGCUGGAUCAUUGGAUGGGACAAGGGCACCGGCAAGAUUGUCGAACACUUUGCCACUGAAGGUGCUGGUGUCAACUCCCCUAUCAAGGGCGGUGGUGUCUGGAUGUCUGGUGGUGGUCUUGCGUCUGACGACAAGGGCUCCAUCUUCUUCGGCACCGGUAAUGGUUACGCCUCGCAGCUCGCUACUGUUCCUGUCAAUGGCUAUCAGCCCCCCACGUCCUUGGAAGAGGCAGCCGUUCACAUGUCGCAACAGGCGGACGGUAGCUUGAGGCUGGUGGAUUUCUUCAUGCCCUGGGAAAAGCAGGCACUAGACGGUGCUGACAAGGAUCUCGGAACGUCACCUCUCGAGCUGCUUCCAUCCGAAUUCAGCUGUGGUGAUGUUAAGCGCAUCGGUGUCAUUACUGGCAAGAGUGGUAAGACCUAUUGGCUCAACCUCGACAAUCUGGGUGGAUACAGAAAUGGCCACGGCGAUUCUGGCAUGGAUGAUAUUAUUCAAGUCUAUCAAAACGACAAUUCAGUCUAUGCUGGCGCUGGAGUUUACCCUCUUGAGGGUGGUUACAUUUACAUCAACGUUAUUCAGCACCCUUCCAACGUUUUCAAGUUCUCUUGCACCAACGGCAAACCGUCUUUUACUCUUGUUGCCACUUCGCCUGAAACCAACGCCUACAUUCUUGGUGUCAGUCACGGCACGACAACUUCCCUCAACGGACAGCCAGGCACCGGUCUUCUCUGGGUGACUGAUGUGCAGGGCCUCAAUCUUCGCAUUUACAAUGCUGUUCCCAAUGCUGGUAAGCUGAACCUGUUGCGAUCCUUCAGCAUCGACGGCGUUACCAAGUUUACUCGCCCCGUCUUUGGUGACGGAAUUGUCUACGUCGGUACAACUAAAGGCUACGUUUACGCCUUUGGAUCACCUGUCAACUCCCCUCUCAACUGUACCUCUCCCGUUGACUUUGGUACCGUCGACCGCCAAACUGGCAACCAGACUGUCCCCACCAACAGCACUACAAGCGCUAGCCAGCCUGUCACCUGCAAGGCUAACAUUGCCCUGACCGUGACUGGAAUCGACAUCAACUCCAACACUGACUUUAGCGUCACCAAGCUUCCCACCGUGCCUCUGGAUAUGAAGGCGGGUGACACUAUUACCGUGACUGGUGUGUUCAAACCAACGAAUGUCGGCUUGCUCUCUGCCAAUGUUGUUUUCAACACCACCAACUCCGUUGUCGGAUACAGCACAAGCACCAAUGCUCGAUUAGUUGGCACUGGUCGCAGCCCGGGACCACUUCUAGAUGUCAGCCCCAACACCGUUACUUUCCAAGGUGUCGUUACCGGGCAGGACAACUCGGGCGUCACAGAAAACGUCAUUCUGGCCAACCGUGGUAACUCACCACUGACUGUCCAGAGCGUCAUGUAUUCGGAGGAUGCCAAUGGUACCUAUAGCACAUGGAGCCGCAACACCCCGAACCUCCAAGUCGGUAAAUUCACUUUGAUGAACAUCCCGACUACGGUGGAUGCCAAUGGCGCCAUUACCGUGUCCGUCAAAUUUGACUCGUCUACUAGCGGCACGUUUGCGGGCUUUGUCAAAUUUGUCACCGAUGGUGGUAGCGCAAGCAUCUCCAUUGCUGCUACGUCUGGCCCGCCUGCCAAGGCCGUUAUUGAAUUCCAGACUAUUGAUGGGAAGGGUUGGGUUCCUUACGUUGUUGGACAAACAUUCACUUUUGGAAAUGUCACUGAGAACCAGAACCUACCGCUCAAAUUCCGCAUCACCAACGGAGCGCCUGCAGGAGGUGUAAAGCUAUCAUUGACCGUUUCUAAGCCUCCGUUUGGCGUUCCUGGUCUCAUUCGGGCAGCCAACCAGGUCGAUCUGGCUGAGGGAACGUCACUUGCACCUGGUGAAAGCGGCACUGCUGUUAUCACCUGCUCAGUGCCCAAGUCUCAAUGGAACGUUGACCCGUACAACAACGGUACUGCACUGUGGACUUUGAACACCAACGACCCUGACCUGGGCAAGCAUUCUAUUGAAUUUUCUUGUGAGGCUGUUUCCGAGCAGGCGCCCCCUCUCAGACCUGAUGGACAAGGCAAGUACCGCUACAUUGGUUGCUUCAAAGAAAACAACCCCGGCCGCCAGCUCCCGAAUCAGCUUUACAGUCUUGACCAGUCGACCAACGCCUUGUGUAUUUCAGCUUGCGCCGACAAAAACUACCCUUUCUGUGGAACUCAAUACAACCGUGAAUGUUGGGGCGGACCGUCCAUCCCCAACCUCCAGGUUCCUGAUAACUGGUGCAACUACCCUUGCACUGGUGAUCUUAACCAGGUCUGCGGUGGUAACGGCGUUGGAUCUGGUGCUGGUGGUACCUACAUUAGUGUCUUCCAGAAUCCUGAUGCUGGUACUGGCCAACCUCAGCCUGGUGCCCCCGUUGUCAACCCGGGUGUUGAUGGAUAUAAGAGCAUUGGAUGCUACACCGAAUCUAAACAAGGCCGCGCUCUUCCCAACGGCGCCAAAACCGAUAAGAAGACUGUUAAGCAGUGUAUUGACGCUUGCAAGACUACACAGUACACAUAUGCUGGUGUCGAGUAUGGUGGCGAAUGCUGGUGUGGCAAUGCCUUCAGCGCCGGUGCUGUUCCAGCACCCAUUGGGGACUGCAACAUGCUCUGCAAUGAUAACCAAACUGAGUACUGCGGUGGCGGCUCUCGACUGAACGUCUACCAAGUCGAUAUCGCUAGCACUACUACCAGCGCGUCCUCCACCGUUCCCCCGACCUCCUUGUCUUCCUCUUCCGUCAUCGUGUCCAACAGUACGGUGUCUAGCAGUGCUGUAGUAACCUCCAGCACAAGCACGACAUCUUCAGCAGCGCCUACUCAAACAGGCCCCAUUGUCAAAGAUGUUGUUGCUGGCAAGUGGAAGUCUCAGGGCUGCUGGACGGAACCUCAGAACCGUGCCCUUCCCGACAAGAACUAUGCUGAUGACAUGAUGACACUGGAAUCCUGUGCCAAGUUCUGCGAUGGCUUCGCUUACUUCGGAACUGAGUAUGCUCGUGAGUGCUGGUGUGGUAAGGCGCUUGACCCAGACAGUAAGCUUGCUACAAGCCAAGGCGAAUGUAACAUGCUCUGCGGUGGUGACCAACUUGAAUACUGCGGCUCAGGUGGAAGACUCAACGUUUACCAAGUCAUCCCUGUCAGCACAUCAUCUGCUCCUGCUAGCACCACUAUUGUUCCACCGUCGUCGAGCAUUGGCACCGCUGUUCCCCCAUCAUCUGUUGUUACAACAUCUAGCGCUCCCCCCACUCCCACCGGCCCUGUCAAGAAGGCUGUCGUCGCUGGCAACUGGAAUCUCUUGAACUGCAUGACUGAGGCUACUAAUGGUCGUGCGUUGAACGAAAACAGUUAUGCGGAUGACAACAUGACUUUGGAAUCAUGCGCCAAGUUCUGCGCUGGCUUCACCUACUUUGGAACGGAAUACGGCAGAGAAUGCUACUGUGGUAACACCUUCCGUGCUGGCAGCGUAGUCGCAGCCAACCAAGGCGACUGCAACAUGGUUUGCGCCGGCGACAAGUUUGAGAUUUGCGGUGGCGGCUCGCGCUUGAUUGCCUACCAAGCAGCCGACAAGAACACUACAACGACAGCCAGCACGCCUAUUGAUCCUCCUCCUCCUCAGCCGCCCACGACGGCCGCCUCUGGUUCAUCUGCUGUUACCUCUUCCGCGCCCGCAAAGCCCACCCCGACAGGCCCAGCUAAGAAGGACACUGUCGCCGAUAUCUGGAGCUUCCAGGGCUGCUACACCGAAGCAACCAAUAAACGUGCCCUUUCAGCCAAGACGUAUGCCGAUGAUAAAAUGACACUGGAAUCCUGUGCUUUAUUCUGCAAGGAAUAUGCCUUCUUUGGAACUGAAUAUGGCCGUGAAUGCUAUUGUGGUAACGCCCUGAAUGCAGGUUCUGCCUUGGCAACGAACCAGAAGGACUGCAACUUUGCCUGCGCUGGUGACAAGUCAGAAUACUGUGGUGCUGGCAGCCGCCUUGAGCUUUACCAGAAAGCUUCAGCAACCUCUAGCUCGACAGCCCCUGUUUCCACUGCUGCUGCGACAAGCCCAGCUUCGCCAGUAACAUCUAGCCAGACGGCAAACGAGGGCAACAAGGACGCCAUUUCUUCUCAACCUUCCAGCUCGCUGCAGCAGCCUACUUCACCAGCAUCAUCUGUUUCUCAGUUGCCUAAGAACACCGAUACCGUCGCAACUACUAGCCCCGCCUCAUCAUCUGUUACCUCCAGCCAGGUCGCCAAGCCUACGUCCACUGGCCCAACAGUGUCCGAAGGCAAUGCCAACUUUACCUACUAUGCGUGCGUGUCAGAACCAUCUCAGGGACGUCUCCUUCCUCAACAGAUUUGGAACGACAAUAAGAACAUGACGAUUGAGGCAUGCUUGAAGAAGUGCAGCAAUUACGGUUGGGCUGGUGUUGAGUAUGGCCAAGAAUGUUGGUGUGGUAAUCAACUUCGCCUGGAUGGUGGUCAAGCUGCUAAGACGCCUGGCAAGAACGUUUCCAACUCGGACUGCAAGUUCCUCUGCCCUGGUAACAAGACAGAAUACUGUGGUGCCGGCAGUCGCAUGAACGUUUAUGUUCUCAAGGAGCUUGUCCAAGAUGGCGUUGACUCUGCGACACUCGGCCCCUACAAGCCCAAGAAUGCCUGAACAUACAUCUAAUACGACAUGUGUUCAUUUCCUUCUUUUUUAAACGAUGAUAUGGUGAUGCCACAUCACAGCAUGCAUACACGUUGCUACUCUUUUCUUGUAUAUAUUCAUAAUUAUGAUGUACUUAGCAUCUUCAUUGGGUUGGCGUUCUUGUUUGCUUUUUAGGCAUGAGCCUAUUUACUAUCACUUGGAUAUUUCAAAUUUCAUCUUAUUCCUUUACAAAAUGCUUGUGUUGUAUAAAUGUGUAUGUUGAUUUAAUGACGUGACAUGAUGCUAAGAUACAAAGAAAAGGUAUAAACUCUGACAGUACAAAUGCAAAAGAGAGAAUAGGAAGCAGAUCGUUUAAAUAGUCAUGAACAAGCCAGAGUGUCUAGCAUUGGUUGUUUGCUGGCUGAAUGCAUUGACGACAACAUCCUUACCCUGACCCUUCUUCCACUCGUCUCGGACACGCGUCUUGAUAUUGGAGAGACGUCUGACGAGGCCUAUUCUCAAGGUGUCUCGUCUGCGCUCACUCGGAGUUGUAGAAAAGAAGGAGGCGAAGGAGCUGGUAGUAGAAGGGGUGGAAGAGAGGAGGGACGUGACGGAGUUGACAGAGUCGCUGUUGGAGAGGCGCUUAUGGAAGUUCAUGUUAACCAUGAUGUUGGCGGGAGCAAAUGUUGCUCGAGAUGUCGUGGAAAUGUGGUUUGUAAGUUGUUUGCUUUGCCCGAGCCUCGUGUGAGUUUGUUCGAGGACUGAGAUGGUGUUUAAAGUUUGCUUCGAGAUUGGCUUGACCAGACGCGUCGGGUAAAAAGAAGCGUUCUAGUAUGUGAACUCGAGAGAAGCUCUGUAAAUGCCUUUGAGAUAGAUAGCCGUUGAAACGAUGAAAAUGAUUCGACUGUAGAUGAUUUUUCGGCGUAGACAAAAGG